UCCUAAGCGGAAGUGUUGUUGUUGUUGUGUUGACGGUGUGAAUCCGGUGUGAACAGCGCGGCCUCACCUGGAGAACAGGUGUGAAGGUCCUCGCGGUGUCCUGUCGGUGCAGGUGACGUCAUGCAAACUGUCCGGUCCCAGCCGAGUCGGACUGAAGCGGACCAGCGGGCUGUCUGGACCCGGUCCGGCGGGGACUUGCUCCGGGGCCACACAGGCCCGGAACCGCUCCACGGACCGGAAACGGGUCUUUGAUCGAUCUCGGAUCCGGUUCGAAGUUAAAACACGGAACCGUCGAGAUUCGGAUCAAUGAAAUAUCUUCAUCGAUCCACGAUCAGUCUCUGCAGGUCAAAGAUUGUCUCCCCCUGGUGGUCAUGGCUCUAAUCUCUCUGGAAGACCUCGAUGGAUUGGACGACGAGCAGUUGGAUGAUGACAUCACUGACAACCCCGAGCCAAUGGAUGAAGAGGAUAGAGACAGGCUGCUGUCCCAUUGGCAGGCCGUCGCCAGUACCCACCAGGUGUCUGUACCUCAAGAAAUGACCGGACCCAUACAGGAGAUGACCCGCAACAGCCAGCAGAGGGAGCCCCUCCCCUUCACCACAAUAUCCUGCCAUGAAAAGAUGGGGGAGGUGCUGUGGGAGGAGCGGGUGUAUCCUGCGGGACACUGGGCGACUGUGACCCGAGGAGAGGAUCUGUACGAGCAGAGCAUCUCCAACGGCUUCAUGAAACUGAUGCGCUUCAUCUGUAAAGAGAACUCUACAGGUCGAUACCUGGGGAUGACGGUGCCGGUCAUCAAUAACAUCCACCUGAAAGAGGGCGGAGCCACGUUCAACAAAGAGAUCCAGACGUCCUUCUUCCUGCCGGCUGAGUUUCAGACCAGCACCCCCCCCCAGCCCUGCGACCCCGACAUCACCGUCGUCCACAGAGAGCCAAUGAGAGUCCUCGCCAGGACGUUCUUGGGGACGACCACAGAGGAGACGGUGGCGCGGCAGAUCGCUCUGUUCUGGGAGAUCCUCGGCGUGAGCGACGACCUUCACAGAAGCAGCUACAUGGUCGCUGCGUACGAGAACCCCGGGGUGCCGCGCCGCCGGAACGAGAUCUGGUUCAUAAGACGCCACCUGUAGACCUCUUCCAAUCAGCCUCCGCCCUCUCACCCGGUCCUCCUCUGAUUGGCUGGUUUAAUGUUAACAGCCUGCUUCCACCCCCCCACCCACACGCACGUCGAAUGGACCAUUCAGAGCAUGUUUAUUAGAAGCAGGUCCUAACACUAAACCCCGCCCCCAAAUCCUCCUGACCAAUAGCGACACGCGUGAUGGUCAUUAAUUCACUAUGUGUUUAGUAAAGAGUUUUUAUCAAGUCCACCAAUGAAAUAGUAGCUUAGCAUGACAUCAUCGUGGAAGUGUUAAGUGGAACCAGUCACCUGAACAUGUGAAUUUAUGAACAUGUAACGAGGACAUGGAAUCAUGUGACCUCAUCCUGAGGAUGUGAUGAGUCUGAGGGUCGUCAUGAAGAAGAACUAUUUUUAUAAUGAAGCUUCAGGUUUUGGGACAGAAGGUUUUAAAGGUGGUUUGUUUAUUAUUAGUGUGGCGCUCACACAUCAUGUGAUUCUACAGUUUUAAUAUGUGAUGUGAAAUCAGUUAAUGACAAAUCACGUAUGAUUUUUAUCACCUCAUCUCACUCUUGUUCAUUUUUCCUUCUGUGUAAAAUCUUUUUUAAUAAAAUGUGAUUCAAAUGA